CCGAAUGGUGUAUUGGGUUUCAGCUUUCAAAUAUUGAAGGGCGAUAGAGCCCACCGAGUGAGUUGUUUCUAGAUGCCUAGAUGGAUUAGCCAAAGCGAAGGAAAGGGGAAAGACGGAAGUUGAAAUACAGGAAGAAAAAGGUUGGUUUUGGUGAUCGAACUGGAAGAUGAAGGUCCGUUCGGAAAGGGAAAAGACGAAAGUGGUGAUUAGGCAUUUGCCUCCGUCUCUGACUCAAUCUGAUCUCCUCCAUCACAUCGAUAAUCACUUCGCUUCUCGCUACAAUUGGUUUUCUUUCCGCCCCGGCAACACCAGCCACAAGAACCAGAGGCAUUCUCGAGCUUAUAUAGACUUCAAGAGUCCUGACGAUGUUUUUGAGUUUGCUGAGUUCUUUGAUGGACAUGUUUUUGUCAACGAGAGAGGUGCGCAGCAUAAAGCAAUAGUAGAGUAUGCACCUUCUCAGCGUGUUCCAAGACCAACUACGAAAAAAGAUGGUCGUGAAGGGACUAUAUAUAAAGAUCCAGACUACCUUGAGUUCCUCAAAUUCAUUGCAAAGCCUCCUGAACAUCUUCCCAGUGCAGAAAUACAAUUGGAAAGAAAAGAAGCUGAGCAAGCUGGGGCCAACAAGGAAGGACCUAUUGUCACACCCUUGAUGGAAUAUGUUCGUCAGAAACGUUCUGUUGACAUUGGUGCGCAGGCUUUCCCAGUCACCACAAAAGGUAGCAGAAGUGCUAGAGCUGCUAUGCGAGGCAAGCUUGGCUCAGGCAAUACCAAACGAGGCUUGGAAAAGAAAAAAUAUGUUCAAAAGGACAAUGUAAAGGAUGCCACUCGAAAAGAGUCCAAAGACAAGUCAGCCUUCACUGUGGUCCCCCGGCGAGAGGAUCAAUCAGCUGCUUCGAAUAUAAAAGGAAUAUCUGAACUUGAAACUUUACACGGCAUUGAAGGUCCAAUUUCUGGAAUCCCGGUGACUUCUGACUCGGGAAAGAAAAAGAUCCUUCUUCUGAAAGGAAAACAACGGGAAAUUCCUAUUACCACUGAGGGUGUGAUAAAGCAGCAAAGUAUACAAUCUGGAAAUUCAGCUGGUUCAACUACUGCAAAACAGAACCAGAGGCGUGAAGCUAGUGGAAGGUUGAUUAGGAGCAUACUUCUAAAUAGUGAGGCUCGUCAAAGUCAACCUUCAACUGUGACCCAACAUAAGAUUCAAAUCUUAAGUUCAGAUAAUGGAAAGCGACCUGCUCGUUCUUUGGAAAGCAGCAAACUUAAUGCUGAAGGGGAUUCCAAAAGAUCUUUGGAUGAAAAGUUUGUAAAAAAGGAUACACAUGGUUUGGGUAGUGUUGGUGAGAAAAUAGAAAAACGUACAAGAAACAAGGAUAGACCUGACCGUGGUGUUUGGACACCUCUUCGUCGUUCUGAUGUUUCACAUGCUGAUAAUGAGCAGUCACCAUCCUCAUUGAUACAGCCUACUCUUCCUGAAUCAGAGGUAAAAGAAAAUGUUACUGCUGCAAACAGGAAUGGGGAAUCUUUAGCUUCCAUAGUUGGACGUAGCAGUACCUCUGUUGAGAAUGGUCCUCAAAGGAAUUUUACUCGCCGAGGAGUUUCCCAUAUAGGGAAGGAUGAUGUUGCUGUCAGUUUAGGUGAUGGGAAGGCAUCCAAAAAAGGUGGUGGUGGGCAUGGUGCUCACGAGAAACAAGUCUGGGUUCAGAAAUCAUCUUCAGGAUCCUAAAAAUCCAGAUCUGGUAAGUCAUUACU